AUGGCGUCCCUCAACCUCUCCACAAACGGACCGUCCAUCACAAAGAGCUACCAAUCCGUCGUCAAUGCACCCGCCGCAAACACUGGAGCAGCCGCUUCUCCAACAUAUGGACAAUGGGCCGUCUUCAGUGUAUCUACGCCACUAGUCAAUGCAUUCCAGCCCGAUGCAGGGAAUAAGGAGAGUGUCUUGAAGGUGCAGAGUAGUGAUGAGGGCGAAUUAGCGGAUUUGAUAGAAGACUUCUCAGAGGGCAAGAUCCAAUUUGCUUUUGUGAAAGUGAAAGACCCCAAUACCGGGCUCGGAAAGAAUGUCCUCAUUGCGUGGUGCGGAGAAGGCGUGCCCGAAAGAACCAAGGGAUAUUUCAAUAGCCAUAUGGCGGCGGUUUCAAAAUUCCUUCAGGGCUACCAUGUGCAAAUAACCGCACGCUCGGAUCGUGAUCUGACACCGGAGGGAAUCCUGCAGAAGGUCUCUGAUGCUUCGGGGGCUAAAUACUCCUCGGCGAGCAUCCCCACCCCAAGUGAACCUGUCAAGCCUCCGGUUGUUGCUACAAAGCCGGUUUUCACCGCCAGCCGAACAGGCGGAGUCGCGCCUCCACCCGGAGGACGUAGACUAGCCCCUAUCGCAAAAGCCCCCGUCGAUGACGAUGGAUGGGGCGCUGAUGCACCGCCUGUUACUCGUACAGAGCUAGAGAAAGUGCCGUCCGCCUAUAAACCCACAAAGGUUGAUAUCCACCAACUUACAUCCCAGAAGCAACCGGAGUCUCGGUUCACACCGGCCCCGGCUGAAGACAGGUCAGAUGUGGUCAAAGGAGGCUAUCAACCUAUUGGAAAAGUCGAUAUCGCGGCUAUUAGGCGGCAAGCACGCGAAUCCGGCCAAAACGUGCACGACCGACCAGAGCCUGUCAAGGGGGCUUACGAGCCAGUCGGUAAAGUCGACAUAGCCGCUAUUCGCGCCAAGGCUCAACCGGCCCAAGAGAGAUCUGUCCCUGAGCCGCAGCCCUCAGAACCCGAACCAAGCAAGAGUGUUUCAGAGCGGUCGGCUCCAUUCCAGUCAUCUGAACGUCUAACGAGUCUUCCAAAGCCAAAGGUUGCCAACCGUUUCGGUGGAGCCUCGAAUUUUGCUGGCACAAAGGCACCUCUUCCUUCCGAGUUUGGCAUCAAAUCGACUUCUGCAGCGGCUCCAAUUGCCUCUACCAGUAGAACCUUCGCUGAUCAAGGAGGAAAGACGCCUGCCCAGCUAUGGGCCGAAAGAAAGGCAAAGGAAAGAGGCGGCACACCGGUGUCCACCCCACCGAGUACACAACCCGUGAGCAAACAGGUAUCUGGCGAUGGCGAAUGGAAAAGCUCAUACACCGGGAAAACCUGGGCUCCGGUUCAGACGACCCAUACUGGUCGCUCUGCUGGAAGUGAUACCGUGCGACAAGAAUCAGGCUAUGACGGCGCGGCACCAUCUGAGCCACGAGCUAUUGUCCCCGAAGAAGUUCCACCGCCCUUGGACCAUAGCAACAAGCCGAACGCUGGCCACAAGAUUCCAUUGCCCGGCUUGCCCACUGCACCAGAACCGACUGCUGCAGAAGAAGAAGAAGAAGAAGAGGAAUACAAGCAGAACGUUCCCACGCCUCCGCCUCAGCCUCGCUCUCCUACGCCACCCACCCCAGCUGAAAGAGAGCCCUCGCCUAUCCAGGUUGCCCUUCCAGUUAGCCGUAAUGCCCCCGAAACCUUAGUACAAGACGCCCACGAGGAAGUGGAUGCGCCACCCCAGCCAUUACCUAUCCGCAGUUUGGAGCAGGUUGUCCCCCAUGAAGAUGAGCUCGAGGAGCCAAGCCAAGAAACCGGCCGUGCAGUUGCCGAAACCUCUGCGCAUGUCGCAGCUGCGCCACAAUCCAUCCGUGCUGUCGUUCAAUAUGACUAUGAGAAGGCUGAAGAUAACGAGAUUGAGCUGAAGGAAGGUGAAUAUGUGACCGACAUUGAAAUGGUUGACCCAGAUUGGUGGCUUGGUGUCAACGUCCACGGAGAGCGUGGCUUAUUCCCAAGCAAUUACGUCGAAGUUGUUGAGCAAGAAUCCGAGGUUGCUCAGCAUGAAGCAAGUCAAGCAUAUGAAGAGCCAGCUCCCGCAGAGCCCGAAGUCAGCCACGGAGAAGUCAGUCAUGAAGCCGAAGUGAGCCACGCUGUCGGCAGUGGUCACACUGCAACCGCGCUUUAUGAUUACGAAGCCGCCGAGGACAACGAAUUGAGCUUCCCUGAUGGGGCGAAGAUUGAGAACAUUGAAUUCCCGGACGAAGAUUGGUGGUCUGGUGAAUAUGGUGGCAAGGUUGGUCUUUUCCCAGCCAACUACGUGGAAUUGGAUCAGUAG